AUGGGUAUUAAGCAUCUAUUCCAAGUCAUUUCAGAGAAUGCACCAGAUGCGGUUAAGGCGGGGGAUAUCAAGAAUCACUUUGGCCGGAAGGUUGCUAUAGAUGCGUGCGUUGCGUCUAUGAGCAUUUAUAGUUUCCUUAUCGCGGUCCGCUCCGAAGGUCAGCAACUCAUGAGCGAUACGGGCGAGACCACAUCGCAUUUGAUGGGCAUGUUCUACCGCACCCUGCGCAUGGUUGAUAACGGAAUUAAACCUCUUUACGUUUUCGAUGGAGCCCCGCCAACGCUGAAGUCUGGCGAACUGGCUAAGCGUACCGCCAGGAAGAGCGAGGCUGCCGACGCUCAUGAAGAAGCGAAAGAGAUAGGCACGGCGGAGGAUGUCGAAAAGUUCUCCCGACGUACCGUCCGUGUUACGAAAGAACAUAAUGCAGAAUGCAAAAAACUCUUAGAAUUGAUGGGAAUCCCGUAUAUUGAUGCCCCGACAGAGGCAGAAGCGCAGUGCGCUGUUCUUGCUCGAGCAGGGAAGGUGUACGCUGCAGCUUCAGAAGAUAUGGACACAUUAUGCUUCGAAUCACCGAUUCUUUUAAGACAUCUUACCUUCAGCGAACAGAGAAAGGAGCCGAUCCAAGAGAUCCACAUGAGCCGCGUGCUAGAGGGUCUCGGGAUGGACCGACGCCAGUUCAUCGAUCUAUGCAUUCUACUCGGAUGUGACUAUUUGGAGCCGAUUCCCAAAGUUGGACCUAACACUGCCCUGAAGCUGAUCCGGGAGCAUGGGAGCCUAGAAAAAGUGGUGGAGGCUAUUGAGAGCGACACAAAGAAGAAAUACGUCAUUCCGGAAGACUGGCCAUAUCAGGAUGCCAGAGAGCUGUUCCUCAAUCCAGACGUGAGGGAUGCCAGUCAUCCCGAUUGUGACUUCAAGUGGGAUGCACCUGACGUGGAAGGCCUCGUGGAAUUUUUGGUCAGGGAUAAGGGUUUCAAUGAGGAUCGGGUGCGUAAUGGUGCUGCUCGGUUGCAGAAGAAUCUAAAGACCGCCCAGCAAUCUCGGCUAGAGGGCUUUUUCAAGCCAGUGGCCAGGACGGAAGAGGAGAAGGCCAAUCUUAAACGUAAGCACGAUGAGAAGAUUCAGGAGCAGAAAAAACGCAAGAAGGAUGAGGCCAAGGCCAAGAAAGAGGCCAAGUCAAAGCCUCGAGGUGCUGGUUAA